GAGAAUUCCCAACGCCUCUCUCCUUGGGGACCCCUAGACUCCUUAUCAAUCUGCCUAGGAAAUGACUCUCUCAUCGUCAUGACUCGUCCAUUUGAAGCAGCUGAGCCUGGGGGAAUUUCACCAGCUUUUCAUUCAGGAAACGUAUAGAGAUGAACAAAGUAGCAAGCACUAAUUCAGGCAAUGGUUCCAACCAUGAACAAACAGAAGAAAGAGCUCAGCUUUAAAAAAUUGUUUUCCUUGAACAUUAAAAUUGUUUUCCUGUUCUGGGUCUUUGCUGCUGUGCGGGCUACUCUGUAGUUGUGGUAUGCAGGAUUCCCUUGGUGGUGGCGUCCCGUUUUGUGGAGCAUGGGUUCCAGGGCUCAAGAGCCUCAGUAGUUGGGCUUUCCUCGCUCUAGAGCACAGGCCGAUCAGUUGUGGCAAAUGCUUAGCUGCUCCAUGGCAUGUGGGAUCUUCCUGGAUCAGGGAUGGAACCCGUGUCUCCUGCAUCAGCAGGCAGAUUCCUUACCACUGAGCCACUAGAGAAGCCCCAAACUCGGCUUUAUGGCACUCACAUACCAGCUGGUUGACACAGAUAAUUAACAAACACGAGAAUACAGGUAUGCAGACAUGCAGAAAUGUCAAAGUCCAAGUAAGUUGAAGAGUAUCUUGGAAUAACAUCAAAUCAGGUAAGGUGUUAUUGGAGCAGUUGUGAGGGGUGACUUCUGUCAGGCUCCGUGAAUAAGGUUGUAUUUAACUGAGAUCAGAAGAAAGAAAUGGAGUGAGCCCUGUGGGCAUCUGGAGGAAGAGCCUUUGAGCAAAGGGAAGGCCAGGUGAAAAUGUCCUGCCAGGGGAGCACUUUCGAUGGGGAUCCAGGGAAGACUAGGGAGCAGAUGCCUGCAGGGUCCGGUGGUGCCGUGUUCUCCAAGAAUCAUGCUCCAAUCCUGUUUCCCAGCCUGAGCAGGAAAAGACAGACCAGGACAGGAGAACUCAGUCUUCUGAAAGCAAGGGAGACCUGAGAGAGGCGUUCACCAUUGAUCCACUCGACAGCCCAGGAGCUGAACUGCAACACGCACAUAUUGUGGAAAGACUCCGGGCCAUGAGGCAGGAUGAGGACCCUGCAUUCAUGGGGUCACAGCCCAGCAGGAGACACACCGGGAACCCCAAAUCCCAGGCGUGAUGAAAGCCUAGGGGGUGUCAUAGGCGCCAAGAGACCAUAGAUGGGGAGCCAACAUAAGCUGGGAGAGUGGAUGAGAGUGUCCAGUCGAGGAUAUUGGUGGGUCAGGCAGGGGAGCAGGGAUUCAAGGGUCUGGACCAGGCCGGAAGUGAGUAGGGCAGCAGCCCGGGGUGGAUCUGCAACAGGGUGUUGAGGCCGAAUGCUGGGCCUUUGGAUGCUGCCAAGAGCUAUGUGGAGGGAGCCAGUCAGAACACGGGGCUUCGUCCUGGGACGGGCAGGCAUCCAACCCUGCUGUGCACUGGGACUCAGGUGUACUGCCUGUGACCAGAACUGAGGAGAGUCAGGAUCUGCGGGGGAGCAGUGGGAGACCCUGGGGUGUGCAGACCAGCUUGAGAAACUGGAAUAACCUACCCGAGGGUAGGACAGCAGGGCCCCCACCCCCCACCCCAAUACCCAGGAAAAUAGGGCUUAAAGGUCCAGCAUGGCACUUGAACAAGCCACCAUCAGUGAAGGCCGUCUGUCUCCUCUCUGUGGGCCGUCCCCUCCCUCAUCUCUGCAUCGUGAAGAGGCCCCUGCUCAUCAGUGGGGAUCCAGGAGAGGCCCCAGCAGCCAGUGCCCUGGGGCCCCUGUUGUACAAUCACCCCUCUGUGCCAUUGGUUGGGGAGGAGGUUCCUCUGAGCCCCAGGCCCCCAAGUCCUCAUCCCUCCACCCAGCAUCUUCUCCUCUGACCUCCUGUAGGUUCUCAGUCUCUCUCUGGUUCUCAAAGGGGAGUAGACUCUGUCCAGAGGCAGAGCAUGAAAAGGUUGGGAACCGCUAUUCUGAGUCGAAUGUAGGCAGUGAAGGGCCCAAGACACGGGAAGCCACAGCCCGAGGGAUGUGUACCCCGGGGAGAACCAGAGCCAAGGUGGAACAUAAGAAGUUGUCUGGGGUCACAGGACAGACUUGCGGGGCAGGAAGUGGACUUGGGGUCCCACAGGCUGCCUGCAGUCCCAGGUCAUGGUGACACAGACCCUGGGUCGUCCCCACCAAGGCCAGAGAGGAUGGAUGAGCAUGGCAUCCUCAUCCGAGUGUCCAUCCUGACAGCAGGGAAAUGAUGUGACACGGAAGCUAAGGCCCCACAGAAGAGGAGCACAGCUUGGUGCUGCUGCCGGAGCGUGUGUGAGACCAAGAGAGGACCUGCUGUGCAGGGUGGGGAGGGGGCAGCCUCCUAGACUGGGGGACCUUGGACACAUCAGGUCGCUGGAUUGAGAGGAGCUGAGGGCAGUGGGUCCGAGCACCUGGACCAGUCGUGCCCCUCCCUCUAAGCUUCCUGCCCCCUGCCCCCUGAACCACCUGAGCUGACCUGGGAUGGGACCAGGAAGCAGAGAGGCCCAGAGAAGCAGAAGUGAGGACUGGAAGUGAGUCCUCUGAGAGGCUCCGCCCUGUCCCUGCCCGGGGCCUGGUGCUGCUGCAGGUGACAUCCCUGCUGGGGAAAUGACCCGAGGGGCAGGGCUGCGUGGCUGCCUUCAGCUCUGCUGCUGCUCCAGCUCCCACGUGAUUGGCUCAGCCCUUCCUGGGGGAGGGGAGGGGCAGGGCUGGAGCUGGGUGAGUGGGGGGCCAGCAGCGGAGGACGAGGAAAAAGUUCAAGAAGGGGCUGCCACCUGUCUCAGCAGCGAGUAGGAGGGGUCAGGGUGCGAAGCAGGUGAGGCUGGUCCACUGUGCUGGUGGGAGGGGGCACUGUGAGGGUCAAACCUCAACAGUCACAGUCAGAGAUGACCUCUUGGGGCACCACACACACACACACACACACCCUGAGUUUUUCUGUCUCCACGAAAUCCUCUCCUCUGUGAGGAGGGACCUCCUUCCCCCUUCUUCCACCCCUGGGUCUGAGGAAGGGCCUGCCUCCUGCCUUGGCCUCCUCCAGACCCCACGGGCCCUCGAUGGACCUGCAUCCAGGGCUCCCCAGACCCAGACUCACUCGAUGGAGUUGGACUCGGUUGUGUUUUACAGGCUGUUUGUCCCUGAGUGGCCCCCGAAGCGUGACAGGCAUCGUGGGGGAUCCAUGACCGUGGAGUGUGAGUACCAGGAGGCGUUCGUGGAUGACAUCAAAUACUGGUGCAAACACCCGUGUAUGUCACCAUGGAGGAUUGUGGAGACCAGAGAGUCAGAGAGAGAAAUGAGGAGGGGCCGCGUGUCCAUCAGAGACCGUCCUGCAAGCCUCACCUUCACAGUGACCUUGGAGAGCCUCAGAGAGGAGGAUGUGGGAACGUACGGAUGUGGGAUCUAUGUGCCACUUUCACGUGACCCCACCCUCCAGGUGGAGGUGUCUGUGAUCCCAGCCACCGGCCCCGAGAGGUCCACAGGCUCCCCAGGCUCUCCCACGAGUCUGCCAGUGCCCACCUGGAGCACCGCAUCUGGUCAGGAGACCCCCGAUCCCGUCCAAGCUCCUCGGGACGCCUGGCUGAAUCAUUUGAGGAGACACCUGCAGGAUUUGAGGACCCUGGCAUUCAGGGUUCCAGUCAGAGAGAAAAGUGAGUGCAAAUGUCCCACAGAAGGAGCCUUCAGGACCCCGGCCCAGGGCGGGGAGGAAGCAGGUUCCCUGGGCAUUGGUGGCCGCUGCACUCUGUCCCCUGCCUCCCCCCAGCCCUGGUCAUUGGUGAUCUCUUGUUGAAGGCCCCAGGGUCAGAGGGCAGAGAGAACGAAGGUGGUCAUUUAUUCAUCCAUCAACUACCAUGCACUUUUUUUUUUACUUUGACUUUUCACCAUAAAACUUUUCUAUUUAAUUUUUAUUUUAUAUUAGAUUACAAAGUAUAGAGUAUAUCACAACUUUUAAAAAUUAAUUUAUUUUUUAAUUGAGGGUAAUUGUUUUACAGAAUUGUAUUGGUUUCUGCUGAACACCAACAUCUAUCAGCCAUGAUUAUUAGAGUAUUACAGAAACUUUUAAGUAUUGACCUUUGGAGAUACGUCAUAGAUGCUAAGUCAUGUCCAAUACUUUGCGACUCCAUGGACUGUAGACUAGCAGGCUUCUCUGCCCAUGGACUUUUCCAGGCAAGAAUACUGGAGUGGGUGCAAUUUCUUAAUUCAGAGGAUCUCCCUGACCUAGGGAUCGAACCCACGUCUCUUAGACCUUGGGUCUUUGGAGGUAUCAGGCUGGUACCAGUUUCUCCCUGUGAAUAAAGCAGUCCCUUUCUUUUUGGGAAAUCUGUUUACAGGAGAGCAGACAUCACACAAAAAAGCCUACUACUGAUUACUAUACCCUGGAAAGGCUAACCUCACAUGUGGAGGGCCUUGGAAAAAAUCCUUCUUCUUCCCAGAUCCCUCCAGGAUCCCUGGUCUCCCUCAUGUGAUUCUCACGGCCCCGUCCACCCUCAUGCUCACAGUCCUAAUUCUCAAGGGCUAUUAAUAAGCAGAGACAAGCCAGCAGAGGGCCUUAGGGUGGGCUGCCCUCUCCGGGGGUGAUGCUUACGUGGAUGGUCCUGGACUCAGGGCACAGGGACGGGGGUGGGGAGAGACUGUGGGACCAGGGUCCCCACUAAGGAUGCUGCUCCCUGUCUGUCCCCAUGUCCC